GUUUUAGUUUGGGCAUAUCGUGGACCAUCCUCACGAUUAUGUCUACUCCACGUGAGAAGGACAAAUCAAAGGUCAGACUAAGAAGCAUAUUAGGACGUUUCUUUAAUUCAAAUAACAAUGAGGUCAAUUCGUCCUCAUCAUACUAUUCCGGCCCAGGAGAAAUCAGCUCACCUUAUAAUACCGUCCAUCGAAUACAUGUUGGCUACGAUGGCAAGAAAUUCACGGGCUUGCCACAGCCUUGGAUGGACACACUGCUUCGUGAUAUUAGUGAAGCUGACCAGAAGAAAAAUCCUUCAGCAGUUGUAUCGGCAUUGAAAUUUUAUGCAAAAACUAUUAUGGCACAGGAAGCUGAUAAACAAAAGUUUAUGAUCACAAAUUCUCAGUUGCCGUUUGACGAUGAAAAUGAUGAGGAACCUACGGCCCCUACUCAACCAAUUGCAAAAACGGAUGAUAUGGGCAGUGUAAAAGAUUCUCGAGAUAUGGAAAGUGAUAGUUCAGCAGAGAUCUCCACAGCAAUUCCAUCCAUUGCGGCAAGUGGAUUUCCAAUUGCCACACCUCCAACAGUACCUCCUCGACAUUCGCAGCACCCUGCCGCACCACCAUUACCACCAUCACGAAGUUCAAACAGUACAACAAUAAUUAGUGAGGGAAGUGUUGAAACUUCGUCGAACGAAGUGUCUACCAAACCGGCAAUAAAAAGUGGUGUUCGGAAAACACCACCUCCACUACCACCAAAACCAACGCAUUUGAAACCAUCGUGUUCACUUAGUGAACAGCUGACAACACAGCAAGAUGGUCGAGAUAGUCUGGAGUCGGAGUCAUCCAAGGUUUCUGAAGAUGUUGAUUCGAGUACAGUUGUUGAAUUGAACACCGGAAAUGAGUUAGUGGCAGCAACAACACAGUGCUCGGGAAACGUAGAAUCGGAAGGCAAGAUGACAAAGGCUAAUAGCGUUGAUAUCGGCAAUAAAGAAGCAACUAAUGGAAUUUGUGAUAACGUACAAGUAAGGAAGAGGGCGCAAACAAAUGAUAAAGGAACGGAUGAAGCUGCGAAUAAAUCUCAGCGCCAGAAACCCAGUGAUCAAGAAAUAUUGCAAGAACUGAAACAAAUAGUUAAUGAGGGUAAUCCAACAGACCGAUACGACUUACUUCAGAAAAUUGGCAUAGGUGCAUCGGGCCAUGUUUAUACCGCACGCGAUAAGGUUACUGGUGAAGUAGUUGCCGUGAAGCGUAUGGCAUUCAAAAGUCAGCCAAAGAAGGAGUUGCUGCUUACGGAAAUUAAAGUUAUGCAGAAAUACAAGCAUGAAAAUCUUGUUAACUAUAUUGACAGUUUUUUGGUGGAUGCAGACGACUUAUGGGUUGUCAUGGACUAUUUGGAGGGUGGUAAUUUAACAGACGUUGUUGUGAAAACUGAAUUAGAUGAAGGACAAAUUGCUGCAAUUUUGAAGGAGUGUUUGAAUGCUCUUCAAUUUUUACACAGUCACAGUAUCAUACACCGAGAUAUUAAAUCGGACAACGUUUUGCUGGGAAUGCAAGGUGCCGUAAAAUUGACGGAUUUUGGCUUCUGCGCUCAGAUUCAACCUGGAUCAAAAAGGGCAACAAUGGUAGGGACACCGUACUGGAUGGCUCCUGAAAUCGUGAAUAAGGUGAAGUACAACUAUAAAGUAGACAUCUGGUCGCUUGGAAUAAUGGCUUUGGAAAUGCUCGAUGGAGAACCACCAUAUCUUUAUGAAACUCCCAUCAAAGCAAUAUAUUUGAUAGCUCAAAAUGGAAAACCAGAAGUAAAGAAGAAAAAUUCCUUGUCUCCAGAAUUUAACGAUUUUCUGGAUCGCUGCCUAUGUGUGAAACAGGAAGAACGAGCUGACGCCGAAGAAUUGUUGCGACACCCGUUUAUCCGGAUGGCAAAACCAUUAAGUUCACUCAUUGCUUAUAUACGUGCAGUCAAGGAGUUGAAGCAGCAGCAAAGGUGA